AUUACAAAUACCAGAGUGCUUGAAUCAAGUAGCAGGAGAGCGAAUAGAUAAGCACAGUGUUUAGCGGCUCGGAAGCAGUUUUCUGAAGCCUGUGCUCACGGAAAAGCUUAGGUACGGAACAGCAGGGGGCCUCGCGGAGUGGUCUGCAGAAUCCCUCUGCUGCAGACACCAUGAAGUGUAAUAUCACUACCCCGUGUAAAUACGUCAAGCAAUAUGAAGCGUACCUCUUCCCAACAAUUUACAGCUUGGUGUUCAUCAUCGGCCUCUUGGGGAACCUGCUGGCGGUUGGCGUCAUUGUGCAGCAGCUCCGGCGUAAGAAUGUGUUGGCCGUGUACCUUAUAAACCUCUGCAUCUCUGACCUUGUGUAUAUCUUCACGCUUCCUGUGUGGGCUGCCUAUACCGCCAACCGGGAAGACUGGACAUUUGGAGUGGUGGCCUGCACUGUGGUGGGCUUCUUCUUCAAUACAAACAUCUACACCACUAUCGUUUUCCUGAGCUGCAUGGCGGUGGACCGUUUCCUUGCCCUCGUCUUCCCUUUGCAUGCUAAAGGGUUUCGGACAAUGAAGGCCGCCCUGGUAAUCUGCAUUGUUGUUUGGCUGAUCGUGAUGGGCUCCCAUACUGUCCUCCUGACACAUCCCGAGUUCAUCAAUGACACUCAUAAUGUCCAGCGCUGUUACGAGAAGUACCCCAUGGAGCAGUGGGUGGCCGACCUCAACUAUUUUCGAAUUUUUGUGGUCUUUCUUAUCCCUCUGUUGCUCCUGCUCAUGUCCUACUGUUUUGUCAUUCGAGCAGUACACCGGAGCACCGGCCUGGAGGUUAGGGAGAAGCGGAGGAUCAUGGGACUCCUGCUCAGCAUGGUGCUCAUCUUCGUCGUGGCCUACCUGCCCUACCACAUCAUACUGUUCAUCCGGUCCUACCUGAGCAGCAGUGGGUUUUGCACCUGCGAGUGGGAAGAACGGCUGCGGCCAGCCUACCGUAUCGCCUUCACCUUCACCAGCAUCAGCAGCGCCUUGGACCCCAUCAUCAACAUCUUCGCAAGCGACAGCAUCAAGCAGGACCUCAUCCGCGAGGUCGUGUCGGUCCGAAAGUGGGUAUCCGACAUCUGGUCACGGGAACGCUUCAAGUCGGCCAGGAAGCCCUUUCUGAAAAGCGUGGGGGAUGCGGCCCCCACCGAAAUGACCCAGAGGAACAGUAUCCCUUUGGUGGAAGAAGGCAGCAGCCCCAUUUCCUAAAGUUUGAUGGAACGUGAGGAGGGACAAAAAGUGAAUUUUGCACUGAGUGUGAAACUGACGAACAGGACAGUUCAGGUCACUACCUGGAGAACACAAUAGAGACGAGCCAGUUAAGGAUUAAACAAAACAAAGAAAGGAAAA